CGUUUUCCUUGGAGGGGUCUGGAAUAAGUUUUGCUGAUUUAUUCAGGCUCAUUGCUUUCUACUGUAUUAGCAGGGAUGUCCUUCCGUUCACCCUGAAAUUGCCUCAUGCUAUUGCUGCAGCAAAGACAGAAGCUCAACUUGAAGAGAUUGCUCAGCUUGGACUGAACUUUUGGAGCUCCCCAGCUAACAGCAACCCCCCAGAUCCUUCACCUCCCCGUAGGCCUGCGCCUUUGGACGGUGCUUGUAAAGACUCGCGUCAGCUCUGCCUUAUAAAUGGAGUGCAUUCUAUACGAACCAGAACGCCUUCGGAGCUGGAGUGCAGCCAGACCAACGGAGCGCUGUGUUUCAUUAAUCCCCUCUUCUUAAAAGUGCACAGCCAGGAUGUCAGUGGAAGUCUGAAAAGGCAGAGCCCGAGAGCUCAAGACGUGAAUGGCACGGCGAGGCCUCGCUCCCCCCCGCCCCGGCCGCCGCCACCUUCUAUUAAUAGCAUCCUCACGAGUCCGCAGCUUUCCAGGACUAUAAAGCAGGCGAGCAUGCCAGAAACAGUCAACCAUAAGAAAGAGAGAGGCUUGGAUUUGCUGCAGAAUAAACCAACCCCUAUUCCACCUCCUCGGCUGAAGAAGCAGGCUGUUUGCUCAGAGGUGGAAGGCAGCUCGAAGACGGCAGCAGUAAUUCGACCUGGCUGCAGCUCGGUGAGCGUGCCCAAAGCUGCCGGCGUUCCAGGUGAAACCCUGCCGGAGCUGGCUCCAGGAGCCGCCAAAAAGACGGUAGCUACCAGCUCUGAGUCACACAUACCCUGGAAUGGAGGCAGGCAGAGGCUGAGCGACAUGAGCAUUUCCACCUCCUCGUCUGACUCGCUGGACUUCGAUCGGAACAUGCCGCUGUUUGGCUAUGAGGGGGACACUAACAGCAGCCUGGAGGAUUUUGAGGGGGAAAGCGACCAAGAGAGCAUGGCACCCCCUCUGAAGCCCAAGAAGAAAAGAAACAGUUCGUUUGUUCUCCCCAAGAUUGUGAAAUCUCAGCUACGGAAAGUCAGUGGAGUUUUCAGUUCCUUCAUGACCCCUGAAAAGAGGAUGAUUAAGAAAAUUGCGGAGAUGUCCCAGGACAAACGCACUUAUUUUGGAUGCCUGGUGCAGGACUAUGUCAGCUUUCUCCAGGAAAACAAGGAGUGCCAUGUUUCGAGCACUGAUAUGCUGCAAACGAUUCGGCAGUUCAUGACCCAAGUCAAGAACUAUUUGUCCCAAAGCUCCGAACUUGAUCCCCCAAUUGAAUCGCUGAUUCCCGAGGACCAAAUAG